CGAAGCCGAGGUGCCGACCUGCCGGGGCUCGAUUCCGAUCAAGCGAUUCGACAUCAUCGACCUCAAAUCUCGCAGCCCACGACAACCUGCCUGGUUACUGGAUUCGCGCUCGACUGCCAGACCACCACAUCAUGAUUGCCCAGCGAGCAGGAACGACGGCGCUGCGCCGAGUGGCCGGCAAGUCGAACGGCUUUUUCACCACCAAUGUAGCCAAGCUCGCGCUGGCGCAGCCACUGUCCACCACCCAGACCAGGCUCGUCGCAACGCAGAAGUUGAGCUUCGCAGAUGAGACCGAGCUCCUGGCGAAGCAGCGCCUCAACCGGCCCGUGUCGCCGCACUUGGCCAUCUACGACAAGCAGCAGACCUGGUUCGGCGGCUCGAUCUGGCAGCGCAUCACGGGAUCGGCCUUCAGCGGCGGGCUUUACCUCUUCGCGACGGCCUACCUGGUCGCGCCGAUGAUGGGGUGGCACCUGGAGAGCGCAUCGUUGGCGGCAUCGUUCGGGGCGCUACCCGUCGCGGUCAAAGGUGGGCUCAAGUUCCUCGCCGCGUGGCCGUUCACCUUCCAUGCGUUCAACGGAGUGCGGCAUAUACUUUUUGAUAUUGGGGUUGGGUUCAAGAGGCAGACAGUCGUGAAAACGGGGUGGUAUAUCUGGGGUGCGUCGGCGGUCUCCGGGUUGUACCUUGCUUUCUUCUUCUGAAAAGCCCCGGGGGUUGGAGAUGUGGGGGGAGGAGUUGGGUUGGGGUUGGGCGUGGUGCGGUUGGUUAGGCAACUUGACUGCAAAGCCAGUGUAAGAGGGACCGGCCAGGUGAGCGGUCACCGGGUUGCACCCGGCGGCGGAAGGCCGUAGGCGCUGGGAGAGUUCUAAGAUUAGUGGCCAGGAGAGGCUAGACAAGGAGGGAAGCCGUGUACGGAUUACCGCACUCCCAAUCGGGCUGGUUUGUUUGGCACGACGUAACGGAGAUGGGUCCCACAAACGGGAGACUAUUUGGACUACCACUGUAUGCUUUUUCCCAGCAACUCGCCGGCUCAAU